AUGGAUGUUAUCGAACCAAUAGAGCCAUCGGCAUCGAAUGGACAUAGAUUUAUUUUAGUCGCCAUCAAUUAUUUUACUAAGUGGGUUGAAGCUGCUUCAUACAGAGCCGUCACUAAGAAAGCGGUUGUAGAUUUCAUCAGGAAUAACUUGAUUUGUCGAUUUGGAGUAUUGGAAUCAAUCAUUACGAAUAAUGGGGAAAACUUAAACAAUCACUUAAUGAGUGAAAUUUGUGAUCAUUUUAAAAUCGUGCAUCACAAUUCGACUGCAUACCAUCCCCAAAUGAAUGGAGCUGUAGAAGCGGCCAACAAGAAUAUUAAGAAGAUCUUGAGAAAGAUGGUCGAAAAUGAUAGAUCAUGGGAUAAGAUGUUACCUUACGCUUUGCUAGGGUAUCGUACAAUAGUUCGAACUUCCACCGGGGUGACCCCUUAUUUACUUAUCUAUGGGAAUGAAGCUGCGAUACCUGCUGAAGUUGAAAUACCUUCUCUAUGGAUUAUUCAAGAAGCUGGGCUGAGAAACGAAGAUUGGGUCUGCGCUCGCCAUGAGCAACUCAUAUUGAUUGAUAAGAAGAGAAUGGUGGUUGUAUGCCAUGGUCAGCUGUAUCAACACAGGAUGGUUCGUGCUUUUAACAAUAAGGUGAGAGCUCAAACAUUUGAAGUGGGGCAACUGGUUCUCAAGCAAAUAUUCCCUCACCAAAAGGAGUACAAGGGUCAUGAUGAAAAUUCAUAUUGGAAUAUUUAUCCAAAAUUAUUAGACAAGCAAAAAGAAGACAAAAUUGAUGAAGAAACAGUGGAUGCAGAGGAAGAAAAAGAGAAUGAAGCAGCAUUGAGGUCAAAAAGUUACAAAAGUGGAAGGAUUUGA